AUGCCUUCUUCGUCCGACUACCUCCAUCCACACGGUCGUGCCAGUAUCGCGGGCGACUCUGGUUCCGACGACGACCUCGAUUUGGAGGAACUUGAUCCGAGCAGCACCCACUUAUAUGGAUCUUCUCGCCGCUCUCGAGAUGAAUCGAAUCGCCAACGGAGUCGCGGUCCCGGCAUAGCUUUGCGGAAUUUACGGGUUGGCAUGGGAAAUCGAGUAUGGCGACGAAACGCUUCCGGAGCACAUGGACCAUCGGAGGACACGGCGGGCCUGCUGGAGGAAGGGGAGGAGGAGGGACUCCGCAGGUCGCACGCGAGCUCCCGCAACUUCACCGACGACGAUGCUCCUCUCCUCAAUGAACGCCGGCGUAGCUCCGCUCGCUCGUUAGUGGAUCUUGAACGGGUGUCGCAAAGGGGCUCGCGGUUUAGGAUCCCGGGGAUCAAGGCGGCCAGCUUUCUCUUUGGCUCCUCUAGCCGUACAACAGGAUCCGAUUCAGAACAGACCGAGACGAAGCCGCCGCGCGAUGUCCUCGUCGGCCAGACGCAACGAACCAAGUAUCCCGCGAAUGUCGUAUCGAACGCAAAGUACACCCCCUGGAGCUUCUUGCCCCGCACUCUGUAUAACGAAUUUUCCUUCUUCUUCAACAUCUACUUUCUCCUCGUCGCCCUUUCACAGAUCAUUCCGGUUCUCCGAAUAGGUUAUAUGUCAUCUUACAUUGCGCCUUUGGCCUUUGUUGUUAGUAUAUCACUUGGGAAGGAGGCGCUGGAUGACAUUGGCCGCCGUCGCAGAGAUGCUGAGGCAAAUGCUGAGGAAUUCACUGUUCUAAGUUUCGAUGGGCCUAACGGGGUGCUAGAGGUCGUCAAGAAGUCACGGGAUCUGAGAGUUGGUGACGUUCUGAAGGUUCGCAAGAAUCAACGGUUGCCUGCAGAUGUUGUGAUUUUAAAGAGCAUCUCAAACGACAUUGUGACAGCUCCUAAUGUCUCGUCGGCCAGUGACACAUUCAUACGGACUGAUCAGUUGGAUGGUGAAACUGACUGGAAGCUACGGUUGCCCUCUGUAUUGUCGCAAACCCUGCCUCUUAGCGACCUUCCAAGGUUGAAGGUCACUGCAAGUGCACCCGACAGACGAGUCAAUGAAUUUGCCACCUCUGCUCCGUUAACGAUCGACAACACCGCAUGGGCCAACACUGUUCUUGCCUCCAACACCGUCACAUACGCUACCAUCAUCUAUACAGGAUCCCAGACGCGGGCUGCUCUUUCAACCUCACCGUCUCGCUCGAAAGUUGGCUUGCUGGAGUACGAGAUCAACAACCUAACCAAGAUCCUUUGCGCUCUGACCCUGGCCUUGUCCAUCGUUUUGGUUGCUCUAGAAGGCUUCCAACCGACAAAUGACAAGGUGUGGUAUGUUGCAAUCAUGAUCUACUUGAUUCUCUUCUCUACGAUCAUCCCCAUGAGUCUGCGGGUCAACUUGGACAUGGCGAAAUCGGUAUACGGGCGGUUCAUCGAACGAGACAAGGAUAUACCGGGUACAGUAGUCAGGACCAGUACUAUUCCUGAAGAUCUGGGUAGAAUUGAGUAUCUCCUUUCCGACAAGACAGGGACUCUGACCCAAAACGAGAUGGAACUGAAGAAGAUCCAUGUUGGGACGGUCUCGUAUGCCAACGAUGCUAUGGAAGAAGUGGCGUCCUAUAUCCGACAAAGUUUCGUUGGUGAAUCGCUGACUACUCCUUCAACCGCAUUUGGAGCCCAAGCUGGACUUGGGACGGCUCCGCGCACGAGAAGGGAGAUUGGCUCCCGUGUCAGAGACAUCAUUCUGGCCCUUGCCCUUUGUCACAAUGUCACCCCUACGACGGAUGAAGAGGACGGUGUCAGAGUUACCAAUUACCAGGCUUCCUCCCCAGAUGAAAUUGCGAUUGUCAAAUACACCGAAGACGUCGGGCUCAAAUUGGCUUAUCGCGACAGACAGUCUAUAGUUCUUGAGUCUACACACACAGGGAAGGUUGUCGUUCGGGUCCGCAUUCUUGAGAUUUUCCCCUUCACUUCAGACAGUAAGCGGAUGGGUAUUAUCGUGCAGUUUGAGACGGAUGACGAUAUACUGGACUCGUCCAAGAAUGACAGUGAAAUAUGGUUCUACCAAAAGGGUGCAGAUACUGUCAUGACAACAAUUGUUGCGGCGAACGAUUGGCUCGAUGAGGAGACCGCUAACAUGGCUCGCGAGGGCUUACGAACUCUAGUCGUAGGCCGACGGCGGCUAUCGCCGCAGCAAUACGAAGAGUUCACCACCAAGUACAAGCAAGCCUCUCUCGCUCUGCAAGGACGCGAUGUCGGCAUGGCCAAGGUGAUCAGCGAGUACCUGGAGCGAGACCUUGAACUUCUCGGCGUCACCGGUGUGGAAGACCGCCUCCAGCGGGAUGUCAAGCCCUCUCUGGAGCUGCUUCGCAACGCUGGUGUCAAAAUUUGGAUGUUGACGGGUGACAAGGUCGAGACAGCACGCUGUGUAGCCAUUUCCGCAAAGCUGGUCGCCCGUGGGCAGUACAUCCAUACGGUUGCCAAAGUCAAAGACAAGUCUACCGCUCAGGAAACCUUGGAUUUCCUUCGCAACAAGACCGACUGCUGUCUCCUCAUUGACGGCGAGUCUCUUUCCCUUAUGCUAGGUCAGUUCCGGACAGCGUUCAUCUCCGUCGCCGUCCUGCUCCCUGCGGUUGUUGCCUGUCGGUGCUCGCCAACUCAAAAGGCCGAAGUAGCGGAUCUCAUCCGCCAGCACACCAAAAAGCGUGUCUGCUGUAUCGGCGACGGUGGAAACGACGUCUCCAUGAUCCAAGCCGCUGAUGUCGGAAUCGGCAUUGUCGGUAAGGAGGGUCGUCAAGCCUCCCUGGCAGCCGACUUUAGCAUCACACAAUUCCACCAUCUCACCAAACUCCUCGUCUGGCACGGCCGCAACUCCUACAAAAGAUCCGCCAAACUCGCCCAAUUCAUCAUGCACCGUGGUCUCAUCAUCAGCGCCUGCCAGACCAUGUACAGCAUCGCCAGCCACUUUGACCCCAAGGGUCUCUUCAUCAACUGGCUGAUGGUCGGCUACGCCACCGUCUACACCAACGCCCCCGUCUUCUCGCUCGUCUUCGACCGUGACGUCGACGAAGAACUCGCAAACCUCUACCCCGAACUUUACAAGGAGCUCAAAACCGGCCGCAGCCUCAGCUACCGCUCCUUCUUCACCUGGGUCCUGGUCUCCGUCUACCAAGGCGCCGUAAUCCAGGGCCUUUCUCAAAUCCUCCUCGACACCAUCACCGGCCCCCGUCUCAUCAGCGUCUCCUUCACCUCCCUUGUCAUCAACGAGCUCCUCAUGGUCGCCAUCGCCAUCACCACCUGGCACCCGAUCAUGAUCUUCUGCAUCAUCGGCACGGCUCUCGUCUACGCCGCUAGCGUUCCCUUCCUGGGCAGCUACUUUGACCUGCACUACGUCAUCACGGUAGACUGGCUGUGGCGCGUCUGUGCCGUCUGCGCCGUCUCCCUCAUUCCGAUCUGGGCAGGUAAAUUGAUCCUGCGGUCGUGGAGUCCGCCCAGUUAUCGGAAGGUGCGGGGGUAG